AGUUUAAUUUUUUCUAAGUACUUACUCUGUCAUUCAGCGAACUGAAGAAAGGAAAAUCGAAGUUAACGGCCGUGAAAUUCUUCUGUUCCUGUCACUCUCUACCCUCAGUUUCUUCAUCUCAAGCGCAAUUUGAAGCUGUUAUUUCUCAUAAUUUUGCACAAAAUUUAUACUUUGGAGGAACUGGCAAAACCAUGGAUCCUCAUCAUCAUCAUCAUCAAUAUGGAGGAGGAAGUUGGACUAUGAUCCCCAACAUUUCCACCCAUACUAAUAACUUAUCUACUCCCUCGACACAAGAUUCUCUCUUUCUUUCGUCUCAAACCCAGCACCAGCAACAGUUUCAUCUCCAGCAGCAACCACAACAGCAACAAUAUAGCCUUCUGCAUCAUCAACAACAGCAACAGCAGUUUCAGUCACCACAAAAUCAACAAUUCGUCCAACAAUCUCCCCAGCAGCAGCAAACACAAUUUGUUCAGCCUUCUCCCCAACAAUUACAACAGCAAUAUGUUCAUCCCUCACCGCAACAGCAGCAACAGCAAUUUGUUCAUCCCUCACCGCAACAGCAGCAACAGCAAUUUGUUCAUCCCUCACCACAACAGCAGCAACAAUUUGUUCAUCCCUCACCACAACAGCAGCAACAACAGUUUGUUCAUCCUUCACCGCAACAACAGCAGCAAACUUUUGUUCACCCUUCGCCUCAACAACAGCAACAGCAGUUUGUGCAACAAUCACCUCAGCAACAAACGCAGCAACAGUUUCAACCUCAAGCACAGAAGUUUCAGCAGCAAUUUGUGCAGCAAUCACCUCAACAACAUCAACAAUUUCAGCAACCUACUCAGUUUCAGCAGCAACCACAACAGCAACAAUAUGUGCAGCAGUCACCACAACAGUCACAACAACUGCAACUUCAAUCACCACCUCAGCAGAAGCAGCUGCAAUCACCACCACAGCAGCAGCUGCUGCAAUCACCACCCCAGCAGCAGCAGCAAUUGCAGUCACCACAACAACAGCAAUUGCAGUCACCGCCACAACAACAGCAGCAGCAGCAUCAGUCUCUUGCUUCUCACUUCGAUCUCUCAAAUUUCGUGGAAAAUCUAGCUGAUGCAGUUGAGAAUGGCUCUCGGGAUCAGCAUGCCGAUUCUUUGAUCAGUGAGCUGAACAGUCGAUUUGAUAAAUGUCAACAGCUUUUGAAUUCUAUAUCUGGGAUAAUCGGUACAAAAUCUAUGACUGUGGAAGGACAAAAGCAUAAAUUGGAAGAGAGCGAACGCUUGCUCAAACAGAGGAGGGAUUUGGUUUCCAAUUAUAAAAGUUCUGUUGAAGAGCUGAUCAAGUCAGAGCCUUGAUAAAUUCUCCAAUUCCAAUUUUAAUUAAAUAUGCAGUUUCAGGCAAUGAAUUUCGGGAGUGCUUCACUUUGCAAUAAUCCUAGGCUUGUCACUAGGGUUUGGAACUGAAGAUCAAAUAAAUCAAAGUCAUACAAUUUCUUAUAAAUCCAAGCCCCUCUUUUCUGUUCUGGUUAUAUGAUUUAUGCUGCAUUAAUAAUUAAUAAUCUCAGUGAAGAGUCUAUGUUAAAGUUUCAGCAUUAUUUUUAAGUGUAUCAGAAAAUUUUCUGCAGCCUGUUACUAAGUUAUCUAUGAAGAGGUCUCUGUGUAUUGUAUCAUUUUCACAAACAAUAAAUGUCAAUAAGUAUUUGGUGAUAGUUUGCAUUUAAGUGCCAAGAAAUGCAGUCAAAACUUUCAUCGAGAUGAAGUGAAUUGGUUAUUAGCACAUGAUGCAAUUUCAUGGCCUAAA